UUAUUAUUAUUAUCUGCUUGUGCUUCCAGUUGUGAUCCAGUCUUCUGGCGGCCUCAGCAAAGAUGACAUAGAAAACAUGAUCAAGAACGCGGAGACGUACGCAGAGGAGGACCGGAGACGCAAGGAUCGUGUGGAAGCGGUCAACAUGGCCGAGGGCAUCGUGCACGACAGCGAGUCAAAGAUGGAGGAGUUUAAGGAGCAGCUGCCGGCGGAGGAGUGCGACAGACUGAAGGAGGAGGUGGCUAAAGUGCGAGAGCUGCUCUCGCGGAAGGACACGGAGACGGGAGAAAACAUCAAGCAAGCGGCCGCAAGCCUGCAGCAGGCCUCGCUCAAGCUCUUCGAGAUGGCAUACAAGAAGAUGGCGUCGGAGAGGGCAGCAGGAGGAGAGACGGGGGAGAAGGAGGGCCAGCAGUGAAGCCGUCUGCACUGAUCUCUCUCACACACACUGUGCUCCUCGUCCCUCUCUUAAUGUCACAUUCAUUCACUGUCUGCUGAGAAUAAUCUGCCUCGGGCUUGAAGUGAAGUGUGUUGAGUUAUCAUCCGGGCUUUAAUGUGAUUACAGACACGACUCAUUCCUUUCUUAAACACGUGAUUUAAUGCUGCUUUGAUUUGGGUUUUUGGGAAUGAAUGAGGCUGAACGUGUGGCUGAACAACGUCUAAGUAUUUAUAAUAGCAGGACUUCAGUGUUUCAAUGUUUUCUAUUUAAAUGGCACAGUCUCUGUUCUGUCCAUGGGUUCUGCUUGGAAUCCGCUCGUUCGUAAGCUUGUGCACGUGAUGGAUAAUGUUGAAGCAGACGGGAAAGCAAAAGGUAGUUGAGGUGAACCUUUACUAGUGACCUCUGCUUGUUUUAUUUAAAUCAGUGAUGUUCUGUGGUUCAUCACAGGAGAAUAUCCUGGAAUCACAGUAGCUCUGUACAAAGGCUGAUGUCUGUUGAAAUUGUUAAAUGCUCAUUAUGGAAUUGAAUGAUUUGAUAGCUUUAAAGAAAGCAAUAUUGCAACGCAGUCUUUUAUAAUAAAAUAGUUUGAGCUCGUAUUUGUGUUGUGUG